CAGUGUCACGUGACAGGGUAUUUCCUCAGACAACGUUGGCUGGUUUGUUUUGGUCUCAGGACAAGGCUAACCUGCGAGCGUGUACGGAACGAACGGUGUGAUUGUGUUUGAAAUCCACGAGCGACGUCACACUAAUUUAUUUAAUUUAUUUCCUUCGUGUCUCUUACUAUACAGAACAGUUUAAAAUGGCGACUGUUGUGACGAUUCUUGGGUUUCUGUGCUCAACUCUGAGUCUGACGUUCAAUGCCAUUGCGAUCGCCACACCUCACUGGCUUGCUUCGAGAGGGCGAACUAACACUGACAUCGGCGUGUUCCGACACUGUAAUGUCGACAGUGGAUACUGCGGCGAUAUGGACACUCUGGGAGCGAUCAUCAACUCUAAAGAUAUCGUGUGGUUCCGGACAGUGCAGGCCACACUACUGCUGGGAUGUGUGGGGUCCCUCCUCGGGGUCGUCAUGUCCUUCCUCUACCACAUCCGAUUCUUCGAGUCUCACAGCGGAUUCAAGUCUCUCACCAUCGUCAACAUCAUGACACUGUCCAUUGAGCUUGUGGCUGUUGUGCUAUUCGGCCUGGACAGCGAGGACAUGUUUGGCCUCGAUGGUCACACAGUCACCCUUGAUUGGUCAUUCCACGUUGCCAUUGUUGCCCUCUGCUUCAUAUUCCUCUCCAUCAUCUUUCACGCCAUGGAGGCGAGCCGUGCCGCAGACCUCAUCCGCAACAUGCAACAUCGCCUGACAGUCUGGACCACACCCUACACCCUGUUUGUAGACCAGGACCAAGCUUAAUGAUACAUAUGGUUGUGUUUAGUGGAUUUCGACUUAAUGAUAUAAUUGUAUAUACAGGUUUACCAUACUGUUUACGGUUAACUUCUACUAACAAUGCAAAACUCAUCUGCAAUACAUUCGGGUCGUGGUUGAUAGGAGUAUUUACCAUUUGGUAAACUUGUGCGACAGUGUUUAAGUGGGUAGGGUGUAUUUACAAUAGUGAGAAAGCUAUUUUAAUUCACAUCUCAUAUUCACUUUGGUAGUGGGUUCACUUUGUAAAUAUGUCAGUUGUCAAUUUGGAAACAUAUAUCAAACCAUUCACAUUGUUUCAAUUAAACUGACUCAUUAAUUCUUCAUGGAAUAAUUAUAUCCUGGAGGGAGAUAAUGUAGGUCAUUAUUCCUGAAGUGGUAAUAAUUUUGAAAGAUGAUAAUUUUAACAGAAAUUGCCAUUACCUACCAAUCAGUAUUGAAGGAUAUUUUUCUCAUAUUUGUGUUUAUGAUAAGAAAUCGUUGUCGGCUUGUGAUGAGUCAGAAUUGAUAAUUAACGUUAACAGGUUUAUUGCACUGCAGACUUAAUUGGCAGUGUGAGAACAUUAUGACUGCAUAUAUAUGUUAUAGCUAUAUACUAGACUUGGGCAAGUAUGUUGUCCUAGCAACUUUAAUGAAGUGAAUCAAAAUCCACUUUUGUCUUUGUGUAGACAAACAUCUUGUGAUGUGUAUCAAUCUAUCUAUUAAGGAUUGUGUUGUUUCAAAAACUUCCAGAUGAAAUUACCGAAGAAAUAGAAUAGAAACACAAUAGAAUAUCAUUUAAGGUGUAUCACUGGCUCUCAUGAGGGUCCAUUAAUGUUUUUUUCUCAACAGAUAAGCUUCUUUGAGAGGAAUUAGAAGUUGGAGUACUAAGUAAGGAUAAGAUAUAUGGAUUAACAUUUGUAAUAAAGAAGUUGUUCAUCCAUAUAUCUUAUCCUUACUUAACAGAAAAGCUGCAUGUGUUGAUUAAACACAUAUAUAUUCUUAUUAAUAUGUGAUAAUAUGUCUACAAGCAUUUAUCUCAAGUGCCUAACUAUGUUUCAGUAUUUCAGUAUUUUAUGGAUUCCUCUAACAAAACUCAAACAGUUUUACAAGAAUAUUUAACACAAGUUAAAGUAAUGGCAUUAUAUAAUGACAUAUGGACUAUGUAUUGGCUGAUAUAGUGGUCACCUGUAUCACAUGGUCAUAUGGGAGGAUUUUCAUCCUCUUUCAAAUUUUGUAAAAUCCUUCCAUCAGUGUAUGAAAUAUUUGGUGCUUCGUAACUGUGGUAACAACAGUCAACUCGUUCAUGAAGCAGGAGUAAUCUCCCUUAGAAUGGAAUGUUUACCCCUAGGAUUUUAUAAGUGCUUCUCCGUGUAUUCUCUCCAGCUCAAUUCUGUAGUUUUAAGACAAGCCCAACAUUCAUACAUAGGACUUAUUGUUUUUAAUGUUUCUAUACACGUUUUCGUGUUGUCUUCUACAUUGUUUAACUGCACAAACAUCAAAGGCAGUUGAAAUGUUAUUUAUUUAAAACAUUUUGAGAUAUGAGUAAAUUCAUGUUUGUUUGGUAUUUCUAAAGUUGUUAUAUUGUGAUCCUACACCUGUGACAUUGUUGACAUAUACUUCCACCUGGACAUCAUUAUUCAAAUGGACAUUAUAUCUCAUGUUUUUACAUACUAACACUAUUGCCUGUCUUCCUGCAUUUACAACUUCAUCAAUUUUAAUCUGUGGAUUGAAUCUGUUUUCUGAAAUGAUUCUCAAUAAUCUGAUAAUGUAGUCUGAUAUUAGCCCAUGAGAGUUGUAUUGUAUUUUCUUGUUUCAAGGGUAUUGUUACGACCAAAGAAAGUCCUUUGAGAUGGUACUAGGCUUCCUGUAUCCUGUCCAGCAUUACAUGACUUCAGACAGUGCAAAUAUCAACUCUGUAUAUACCUGUACAUAUAUAUGCUUUGUUGGGGUAUCUUUUGUGGAAUCAUGAUAUUUUUCUUCCUGCAAAUCAUAUUUUCAUGCAAAUUAGUCCAGGACAUUUGUUAUGUAUAUUCUUUGCAUGGUUGUAAUCAGAUCCACUUUCUAAAGUCUAAAGACUGACAAGUGGAGCAAUAGCUCUGGCCUUAAUAAUCAGCAGCCAUGGCUUACCUACAACAGACCCAAAUUCAGGUUGUAUAUAAUAAUAUGAUUAUGAAGUAAUUAUCAAAACACAUAGUAAAAUGUUUGACAAACCAAAAUCAAAAUGAAUGUUUGCCCUAGGUUUGUCAGCUCCAGUCCUGUCACCAAAGUGGUAAUGCCUGAGAUGACUCUGGGCUCUUCUCCCCCAUCAAGCAGACAUACCGUGAUAUUACUGAAAUACUGUUUAAUAGGGUAUUAAACCAGACCAACCCACUCGCCCAACUAAUACAUAGGAGACACAGCAUUCUUGGCUGGAAAUGGAAAAUUGCUAAUUUCAGUCAAUUAGGUAUAUGAAAACUGUAAAUACUGAAUGCCAAUCAAAGACUUUCAGCAGGCAUAUGGCUGUAAUACUGAUGAUGAGGUCAUAAUUUGUGGAUAAAAACAGAUCUGAUAAAAUGUUUAUUUAGUUCGAUGUAGUCAGUGUAUGAGCAAAUGUUUACAUUGAUAUGUUGCAUCAUCCUCUCUGUCUCCAGGGGCGGUCGGGUAGCCUAGUGGUUAAAGCGUUCGCUCGUCAGGCCGAAGACCCGGGUUCGAUUCCUGACAUGGGUACAUUGUGUGAAGCCCAUUUCUGGUGUCCCCCGCCGUGAUAUUGCUGGAAUAUUGCUAAAAGCGGCGUAAAACCAUACUCACUCACUCACUCACUCUCUGUCUCCAGGGCUCGCAUUGCGGCAAACCUACACUAACUCCUGGAUCCAUUCCUCGCACCUCAAAUUACCCGCCCUUGAUUUUCAUUGUCAUCAUCAUCCAAUUUGAUUCGCUAUGUUACUAAGUCUAACGAGCCAAUCAGAAUGUGAGGUACAAACCAACGUCAAUUUUGGAUUUGCGAUAUUAACGCCAUGGUGGCCAGUCCCAUUAAUUACAAUUGAGUUUGUGAGUGAUUCAACAUUAAAAAACAGACUUGACAGCAUAACAAUGCCGUAAACAAUUGUUUUGAUGGAAAGAAUGUCUUGCAUAGGCAAGUCCCUUACCUAUUUCCUUUUUCCUUAUCAGGACGUUUGAUUGGUCGGUAAAACAUUCAUGAAAAUCAAGGGCAAGUAAUUUGAAGUCACAAGAACCAGAGGACUGGAUCAAGGGUGUUGUGUAGGUUUACUAAAAUGCGAGCCCUGGAGAUCUGGAGGUUGACAUUAAAUGAGCUGUUCCUCACUGCAGUCACAACACAGUAAUCUUCCCGAGGCAAGGGAGUUAACUGACUAUAAAGUCUGGUUUCCACCCCUGCCGAAUAGGCUGGCAUUAUGGAGCAUAUUGGCACUAACGAGUCUAUGCAUAGUCCAAUCAAAAUCACAUAAUGAAAUUGACAUCCCGUUUGUAAACUGCCAUACAGAUUUUGGUCACUUGCAGGAUUUGCAGAGCAUGUGUACCGCCAACUUGGCUUCAACUGAUAAAUCAUUUCAUAUUAUUAAUCAAGGUCCUCAUGUGAUUUGAUGUGCUUUUCGAAAUAAGACCUGUUUUAUUACAAUAUACAUUUUGAUUAUCGAUGUUUAAUUGCAGGAGUUACGACAGGGUAACACUGUCCAUGUUAAAUUGCAGGAGUAGAAUUACCUUGUGACCGUUGAUGUGCAAGUUGCAGCUUGUUGCUGGCUUCUCUAGAAGGGACUUGCUUCCUGCUUCAGCUGAUCCUCUAGCAAUAAUGCAGACAUCUUAUUAACAGCUGUGAAUUUGUUUUCUUCAGUAAUGUUUUUAUCUGCUGCUUCAGAUACCAUUGUAUUUGAGGAGAGUACCAUGAGAAUUUCAUUGUCAUUUGAAUUUCCUAAUAAAACUGUUAAGAAUUCAA